AAAGACAGCUUCAAAAACUAGCGGCUUAAAUUUAUAGAAAAGUUUUCUCUUGCCAAUUUAUUAAAAACGCAGCUUAAUAUGUCCACGGCCCAAGCAACUAAAAACUGCAUCACGCUAAAGGGCUCAGCACAAAUCAUUGUCGAGUACUUGAAAUACGGCAUCAAUUCGAUAUUGUUCCAACGUGGUAUCUAUCCAGCGGAGAACUUUGGCAACACACAACAAUAUGGACUGACCAUACUCAUGUCCAAGGAUCCUAAGAUCACAACCUUUCUGCAAAACGUCUUGAAGCAAACCGAAGAAUGGCUUUCCAAGAACAUGAUUAACAAAAUCUCCAUGGUCAUCACAAAUGCUCACACCAAGGAAGUGCUCGAGUGUUGGGACUUCAAAAUGCAAGCAGAGGCUGGCGAUGGCGAAUCCAACGAUCCAACCAAGCAGACAUCCUCAAAGCAGCUGAGCCGCAUACAAAACGAGAUACGAGAUGUUAUGCGCCAGAUAUCGGCCACCGUUAGCUAUUUGCCGCUGCUCGACUGCAUUUGUACGUUUGAUGUGAUGAUACAUACCCUUCAAAACACCGAGAUACCAGCACAGUGGGACGAAACCGGCGCAGUCUUCAUACAGAACGCUCAGGCGGUGCAGUUGCGCUCCUUCUCCACUGGCUUGCACAAGGUAGACACGGUGGUCAAUUAUAAAAUGAGCUCUUAAGUGAUAUAUAUAAU